ACAACUAAAGCUAAGGAAUCUUUCCAAAUGGAGAUGUUAGCUCUGGAAAAGCAGUUUGAAUUCUUAACUUGUGAGUACAGUGCGAGUAAAGAAAAGGAGUCCUAUGAUGUCAGCCUUUUGUUGGACAGGUUUGAGACAAAGUGGAUCAUGCAUGAAGAUUGUCCUAGAAAGGUUAUAAAGUAUGUGAAAUUGUUCAAAAACAAAACAGAAUAUGUAACAUAUUCCCUGAGCCCAAAAAUGGCAGAUGGACCUGAUGUGUUUGUCUGCAAGAUACGUAUAAAGCAGGAAGUAUCCGAAGAUCAGGAAGAGGACAUCAAAGUGCUGACAUCCACUGAGUUUGACAUCCACUGGAAGUUACCACGUCUGUUUAAAACAUCCAGAGAAACUUCUUACUUGGGCCAGUCCAGCCAGUCCCGUGUUAAGACCACACAGAAGAAAAGGAAAUACAGCGAUGACGACAAUGAUGAUGAUGAUGAUGAUGACAGCAGUUACCACCAUGGCAACCCUUCAACAUCAAAACAAAUCAAGUUGACACCCAGCAAUACCUCUCCUGCUAAAAGAAAAGGUGUUACAUCAACUAAAAAAUGGAAGACUUCCGAUAAUGAAGAUGACCUAAGACAGGGGCCAGUCUCUGGCCAGCAACAGGAGCAGCAAGGUGAUGCCAACUUCCAAAGAAGUGACAAUUUAGUUCACGAAUCCCCAUCUUUAUCAGUCACUGAAGACCACCUGGAGGAACAAGCUGGCGCCCACUUUCAAACAAGGAGGAAAUCAGGCCAUGCCUUCCCAUCUUUAUCUCCACAACAGGACCCUGUGGCUGCUGGGGAUCAAGACCAGGGUGUAACUGAUCCCCAGACCAUCAAAACAAUGGGAAACCAAGGUAUUAGCCCGGUCCAUGGGGAUAACCAGUUAGAAAGAUUACCUACGGCAGUGACACAUGAGAUUGCUGGGGUUCUAAGGCAGAUCCCUGCUAACACAAGCAACACAAAUGUUACCCUCAAUUUGCAGCUGGUUUACCACAAUUAUAACUCAGAAAAGGCAUCAAUGACACACAUGAAAGAAAACGAUGUGACAACAUCUUUUCAUAAACAUAUUCCUCCACGUGUGAAAAAACGACUGAAUGAGACACUUUGUCAAAGUGAUGUAUGGGACCAAGUGAAGAAGAUGUAUGGCAUUUCAGAUGAAACCUCACGUCCUCCCGAUGUUGUGUCUUAUUUGUUGUCACAAGUUGAGGGUUCUAUUGCAUCUUUCAUCAGUGUGUUGUUAAAGUUAAAGGAACGCCACAGAGAAGGACAGCAAGACAUUCCACAAGAUUUGAUUGAUGAAGUCAAGGUAAUUGAUAAUAUGGUCUAAAAUAUAGUCAAAUAAAGUUAAGUCUUUUAAAUUUUAAAAUGACAUUGACAAUGUAUCUUGUGACUCUAAAACAAUUUUUUUCCACAUUUAAAACAUUUUCUUUCUCUGUAAGUCUUAAUUCAAUUCAACAAAGUUUUUCAUUUCUUCAUAUGCCAAGUGAAAGAGUAAGAAUUAACACUAAAUGUAUGAGACAAUGGGUAGGCUGUUUGGGGUUACCAGUAUUACUAAGUGUAUUUUCAUUUGAAAGUCAUUUACACAACAUCAUGGUUGGAAGUAUGGGCGUAACUAGGCAUACGCACGGAUG